GGUAGCCCGGUCAUGUAUCUAUCUUAAGCAAGAUGCAAAUAUAAAAUAAUAUUGGACACGACGCACUACCUACCACAUACGCUUAAUCGAACGAAAACGAAAUAUUUGUGAAAAUUUUUAUUUAAAACUUAAAAAAAAACUUUGCGCAUAGUGGCUUAUUAAGACGCAUGUUGAUAAGAACGAAACGUGUAUCAGUGCGUAUAUUAUAAUGUAAAAAAAACUUAGUGGAAGAAAAACUGUCUUAGUGUUAUAAUAAAAACCGUCUCCUAUACUCUACAAUCGUUGCUUUUUACACACAUGAAUGAAAAAUUUUAAUAAUUCACCAUGGAUCGGCGAGUCUACUUUUGACUUCAGUUAGUUAUUUGCAGAUGUUCGCACGCGGUUAGUGGAUUAAUAAAAAUUUUAAUUUACUGUAAAGGUGUUUUUCUCGCGUUUGUUUCAUUUUGUGAGAGUGGUGAAUAUCGCAUUUAAUUAUGGAAAAUAAUAACAAACCACCACCCAGCAUAACAAUAAAUGAAAAAGACGAUGAUCCAACCGCUGCUAAUCCAAUGCUAUAUGGACCUUUACAUGGGGCAAAAAUUAGUAAAGCUAAUCAGUACCUAGCUACAGUUAUACUGUGUUUAAGUGCGGUCGCCGCCGGUACAGGCUUAGCAUGGACAGCUCCGGUUUUACCGCAACUGAGCAAUCUGGAAAAUUUAAAUACCACAUCAUUGUAUGCAACGCCCGAGGAAGGAACAUGGAUUGCCUCAUUUCUCGCCAUCGGAGCGUGGUGCGGAGCCAUUCCAAUGGGUAUUUUGGCGGAGAAAAUCGGCAGGAAAAAGAGCGCAAUGGUAAUUGGUGUGACUUUUACUAUCGGAUGGGCUGCAACAGUUUUUGCCAGCAAAGUUGGUGUUCUCUACUUUGCUAGAUUUGUGAUUGGUAUUGCCACCGGUGGCAGUUGCGUUGUUACUCCGAUGUUUAUUUCGGAAUUCGCAGAGAUGUCAAUUAGAGGACUGCUGGGAACGUGUUUUCAACUGUUUUUAACGAUUGGCAUUCUGCUGGUUUUCGUGGCUGGCACACUCAUAUCGUGGGUGAGCUUAAGCUGGGUAUGUGGAGUUGUUCCAGUUGUAUUCGUUGUUGGAAUGUUUUUUGUUCCGGAAAGUCCGACAUGGCUGUUGAAACAGGAACGGCACACCGACGCAACGCUUGCACUGAAAUGGUUUUGGGGAAAAUAUUGUGAUGCAAAUGCAGCCAUCCAAGAAAUCCAAAAUGAUCUGGAAGCGUCUGGCGGUUCUGGUACGAUCCGAGAUUUGCUUAGGAACCCCACCAACCGUAAAGGUUUCAUCAUAUCCAUAAUGCUAAUGUUUUUCCAACAAUUUUCCGGCAUCAAUGCCGUCAUCUUCUUUACGGUGGACAUAUUCCAAAUGGCUGGCAGUACAUUAAAUCCGAAUUAUUGUUCCAUUAUCGUUGGAGUCGUACAAGUUUUGAUGACAUUCGCCGCGGCUGCCCUCGUCGAACGUGCUGGUCGAAAAAUAUUACUUAUUCAAAGCAGUGCCAUAAUGUGUCUGUGUCUAACCGUGUUGGGUAUCUACUUCAAGAUAAAAGAUGCCGGCACAGAUGUAUCCGCCUUCGGUUUAGUUCCAUUGGUCAGUCUAGUGCUAUUCAUCAUCAGCUUUUCGUUGGGAUAUGGACCCAUUCCCUGGAUGAUGAUGGGGGAGCUGCUGGCACCAGAAGUAAAGGGAAUUGCUUCGUCGAUCGUUGUUCUGUUCAAUUGGACGUCUGUUUUCAUCGUCACCAAAACGUUCCCGUUGUUAUUGACAUCAUGGGGUAACGAUAUCACAUUUUGGAUAUUCGCCGUUGUGAUGGUGAUCGGCACGAUUUACGGAUUCAAAGAGUUGUUCGAAACAAAGGGCAAAAGUAAUGCACAAAUUCAGUUGAUGCUUUCUAGCAAGUAACUUUCGACAAAAAAUGCCACUGACAAAGACACAAAAAUUUGAAUGCAUUUAGCGUAAGGAUGUUGCUGGAUAACACACACAAUGUAGAUGUCAACCUUUUUAUGAAAAUACUGUCGUACGCUUAGAGUCAAAAUUGUUUUUAGGUAAAUUAGUGUUAGGUCGUAGGUGGAACGAUGUCGAAUUUGUAAUG